UCACAUGCUGUAGAUUAUCUUGUGAUAUGGACGAAUACUUUAAUCUGGACCAACAUGGCGGACGUCACACAGCUGAUAUUAUUCACCCUUGUUAUACUAACAUGUUACGUUUAUUCAGAUGAUCCACAUCCCAUUAUUGAUGUUUGUAGACAGAAAAGUCCAUGCUUGUGCGAAUAUUCCAAUGGGGACUUCGUAGAUCUCACAUCUCUAUCUAAUGAUAAUGACACAGAACCCAGGUUUAAAGAUAUGCCAUCUGAAAUAUUGGGUGGUGCAAAAUACUCGUGGAAUCCUUGUCAUCUGUUUAAUGAAAAAGAGUGCACAAACGUCACGAUGUGUGAAGUUAUUUCUGGGGCACCUACUCCAAGAUAUGUACCAAUUGGGAAUAUGAUGAACGCAAAGUUCGAUCAUAACGAAGUAAAUGGUGACCUUCAACUUCAAUAUGGUGUAACAGGCGAAGAGAACAGGACAGCAUAUAUACUAUUGUUCUGUGAUAAAACCCAGGAUCCUGGACAAUUCAUAGUCACAGGUGAAGAACCUGCAGGGAGUGGUAAAUAUUACUUUGAGUUACAUAGCAAGCAUACAUGUCGAUCUACGACGUCUCCAACUAUAUCAAAUCCGGACAAUGGUUUGAGUGCAGGAUCUGUUAUAGGUAUAAUAAUUGCUUGUUUAGUUGGAGUAUAUUUACUGGGAGGUAUGGCAUGUCAAAAGAUAAAUGGAGCUACAGGCAAAGAAAUAAUACCUAAUUAUCCGUUCUGGUCAGCUGUUGGCUCCUCAAUAAAGGCUGGGGUAGUUUAUGUCUUUACAUGUGGAAGAAAAUCGGAAUAUGACGAAAUUGACGAAAAACAAAGAAUAAACCAACAACCACAACAAAUCUAAAUACAUUGACUCGUAGAAUGUCGUUCUCUGUGUGAACUGUUCAUUAUUGUUUAUAAAGUGACGACUGUGUGUAAAUGACAUAAUAAAAGAGAAGAUAUAU